GGGAAAGACGCGGUUGUGGUUGUGAGCAUUUGCUAAAAAAAAAUUCCCAUACUCCGAGGGAUUUGAAAUAUCAUUUCGUGUGCAAGUAUAAGAUGAGCAAAAAAGUGCGUGGAGAAAAGAGUAGCAUUAAGUCGUUGUUUGUUUUGCUGGCGUGUUAUGAUUUCAAAUAAACGAGUUAAUUAGCGGUUGAUUAACGGUCAGCUAUCCAAACCAGAUCGCAUACGCACCAACUCAGACCGAUACAUCUGUAGAGUCCGUUUCGCCACCAGGGGAGGAGGAUUAGUUCCGUUCAAAGCAAUGUCAACCCGUCGCGCCGGACCACCUCAAGGCCAACCGAUGCCAGCGCAACUGCCGAUUCCGUACGAGAAUGAGAAAAAGCAGCGCAGCAAAUGCAUGUCCUUUGUGUGCUUCAUGUGGAAGUUGUUCACAUGUAUUUUCUCCCACGUGACACUGGUAGCGAUGGUGGUGGCGUACUGCUUCCUUGGGGCGUUUACGUUCGAGCACUUGGAAGCUGAAAACGAGCGGAAUGUAAAGAAAGGCAUCAGUUCUAUUCGUGUCAAUUUGACAGACGCUAUUUGGAAGAUGACUAAUGAUAAACCGGUACUGCACCAACAUAACUGGACCGAGACUGCUGUCAUUCAUCUUCAGUCAUUCGAGAAGGAGAUUCUCACUGCCAUGAAAAAAGAUGGGUGGGAUGGUAUCGAAGACGUUGAUCAAAUCCAGUGGACAUUUUUCGGAGCAUUGUUCUACUCAAUCAUUGUCAUCACUACUAUCGGUAAUUUGUGUGUACAAACGGGAAAGAGCAGCAUGACCACAAGACAAGGAUAAAUAGUGCUUCGCUGGACUGGACUGAGCUACUGCA